AAAAAAUAUAGAAUAGACCUUUCCGAAUAUUUGGAACAUUCCAUGUGUUUAGAACCUAUUUGUUCUGAACUAUCCCUUAUCGAUAUUUUAAUAUCGGAAAAUUCCGGUUAUGAUGACGAAGCCAUAAUCAAUGAAUAUGCAAAAACAGUGGUAGACAGUAAAAAUACACCUAAAACCAAGCUUUCUAGGGAAAUUGACACAAAUCCAUAUUCCUACUACAAAAAU